AUGUGGAAAUGUGGAAAAGACACUAGUAAAAAAGAACAGCUGUCAUUCGUCAUCAGGUUUGUUGACAAUGAGUUUAAUGUUUUUGAAAAAGCUUUGGGUUGUUACCACAUGGUUAAAUGUAAUGCUUCGACUCUUAGUCAAGAAAUCCAAAAAAUUGUGAUAGAAAAUAAUUUAGAUAUCAACAAGUGCAUUGCUCAAUGUUAUGACGGAGCAUCGGUUAUGAGUGGAGUGUUCUCGGGAGUACAAAAACGAAUAGCAGAUGUAGUACCGCAAGCUAUAUUUGUGCAUUGCUAUGCUCACCGACUCAACCUUUGUUUAAUUCAUUCUAUUCAAAACAACAGUAUUGUGGUUAAUUUUUUUGAUACAGUCCAGUCUUUGUAUAAGUACUUAAUGAAUGGACAUACUCGUUAUGAAUUUUUUAUGAAAGUUCAAGAGGAUAAAAACUUAAAAGCAAUCCAUUUAGAACGACUUGUGGAAACUAGAUGGAGAUGGUCUUACUGGAAUACUUCUCUACAAAAAAUAAAAAUGCGUAUUACAGAAAUAUUAGAUGUAUUGAAAGUUUUAAUUGUGCAAGAUUAUCAACCAGCAAAAGCUUUAGGCUUACUUAAAGAAGUAUCAACAUUUCGAUUUGUGUUAGUAUUACAUAUUAUGGAAAAACUUCUUGAAAACAUUCAUUGUUUAUCGUGUGAGUUACAAAACCCAAAAAUCUUAUUACCAGCAGCUAUAGAUCUAGUCGAUUUAACAAGAAAAGAAUUAACAGCCCUAAGAUCAGAUGCAAUUGAGGAGGAACAAGAAAGAAAUACUCGUCUUAGAAGAAAACUGCAACCAUCUAAGAAACUUGAAGAAUAUUAUGUAAUGAGUACUACUGGAAAAUGUGAAUCAAUGAAAUCUCUUAAAGUGAAAAAUUUUAAAACUGAAGUUUUUUAUUGCUGCAUUGACAAGUUUCUUCAACAGCUGAAUGAAAGAUUUUCAGAGAAGAGCAAAUAUUUGUUUAAGCUGUUUGAAAUUUUUGAUCUAUCCAGCAAUAAUUUUUUUAAUCCUAACUGCCCUCAUUUAAUAUUCUUUACAAACCAUUAA